AUGGCUGAGGUCGUCUUGAGCAUCCUCGGACCUCUCGUGGAGAAACUAGCUUCAUCAGCUGUUGAAGAAAUUCAACUGAAGCAAACAAAAGAGGCAGCUGUGAGGCUUUGGCCGUCGAAGCUCAGAGACUUCUGCUAUGAUGCCGAGGACGUGCUAGACGAAUUCGAAGCCAGGGCUUUGUGCAAGGAAAUCGUGAGCAAGUGCGGGGGAAAUCCUAUGGCGUUGAGGACUUUGGGAAGCUUAUUGUAUUCAAAGAAAGAGAACCGGAGCGACUGGGAACAGGUAAUAGAUGGUGAGACGUGGCAAUUACCAAAUGACACGUUAACUUCGCUGAGAAUAAGCUACGAUCUAAUGCCGUCUUACUUGAAACAACGUUUCGCUUAUUGCUCGAUAUUCCUCAAGAACCGCGAGUUCAUCUACCCUGAUGAUGUGAUCCAACUGUGGAUCUCGAAUGGGUUUAUCCAAUCCGGCGGAAAUAAUCAGGAGCUGGAAGAGAUUGGACGGCAGUACUUGGAGGGGCUGUCUGAUUAA